AUGUUAGGCACAUGUCUAUUUGAGCUGGCCUACGCGUCGUUGGAUAUUUUCGUAGAACCAUCAGUUCGUACAUUCCAAUCAUCUUGUUAUCUGGUUCAAGAUUUGAACAAGUCUAGGUUCGGUCACGAUAUUACAUUGGUCUUAUUGACAGUCUACAGUUCAUGCUACGGCUCGUCAAUGUCAGUUUUCGCGUGCCACUUCAUUUAUCGUUAUGGUGCAGUAAACAUAAAUUUCAUGCAAAAGUAUAUAUCUGGUGUAAAACAAGGCUUUCUUUACUUGGCUCCAAUUCUCACGGGCUUGAUUUGGGGCUCAAUGUGCUGGUUUACAUUGGGAGAGUCUUCACCGAAAGUAUAUUUCCAAGAAGUGUUCAAUUUAAAAAUUGAAGAAUGUGCGUAUCUUGCAUUUCACUUUUGGCCUGUUAAUAGUGACGGUGAAACUCGCCCUGAUCUAAUGUCAUUUUCGUGUGCUGGUGUGAUGUUUCUAAUACUUGGGUCUUCAUUUGCUAGUGUAAUUUAUUUCGCCAUCAGGUGCUAUCAAUACAUAUCAAACCAGCUUGGAACCCUACCAACACAGUCACAAGCUCUCAAGUCACUUCAAGUUCAACUCUUCUACUCUCUAAUCUUGCAAUCCGCAAUUCCAUCUUUUUUAAUGUAUUUACCUGCUACCAUCGUCUACAUUGUUCCAAUGCUGAACUUUGGCUACAACGUGGAGUUUCCGCUUCUUUCGGUUACUAUUGCAAUCUACCCGGCAAUUGAUCCACUUCCAACGAUGUUUAUAAUUACGACCUAUAGAAGGGGGUUGAUUGACAUGCUUCGUUGUCGGAAGAAGAAUAACAUUGCAGCUAGUUCUUAA